AUGCGAGCGGCCCUCACCUCCCCUUACCAGUCCGUCAACCAGGCCCAGGAGGUGGCGUUCCGCCUUGAGCAGGUGGUGUCCCUCAACGUGCAGCGCAUGGUCGCCAGGCAGCGGACGUUCGAGACCGUCAUCAGGCCCGUCUUCCAGAUGAUGCGCUUCUUCCUUGUCGAGCACGAUUCGUACGUGCACAUCUUCCGCUCCCUCCGGUAG